AUGAGAAAAAAAUCAACAAAAGAAAUCUCUUCAAACAAAAUAAAGCAUCAAACAUCAAGUCGUAAUGAUAUCCCUAUAGUUCCACAACUUUAUACAAUAAGUCCAGUAAUUAGUCAUAAUGAAACAGUUCAAAUAAGAGAACAGAGCAAUGCUUUUAGUAUUAUUUCGGAGAGUUCUACUUAUGCUAUCAAAACUGUUAUUCUUGAACUCCAAAAUAAAAAUGCAAGGGAAAGCAUGGAAAUAAAAACAACAGCGAAGCCAAAUAUGAACAUUUCGUGGGGAGAAAUCAGGAGUGGGAAGCGAGAGCCAUGA